AUGGCUAAAAACCCGUCCGAGGGACCCAAGGAGCCAGACCUGAAUCAGCUAUCGGACGAAGAGCUGCUGCAAUGGGGCAAGGAGCAGCUGGUCAACAGGCUAAGGAGGGUGGACAGCGAGAAGUUGAACCUGAUGAUCGAGCACGGCAACAUGAUGAAAGACGUUAACCGGAGGCUGCAGGUGCACCUGCAUGAGAUCCGCAACCUGAAGGAGAUCAACCAGAAGCUCCAGGACGACAACAACGAGCUCCGCGAGCUCUGCUGCUUCCUGGACGACGACCGGCAGAAGGGCAAGAAGCUGUCCCGGGAGUGGCAGCGGUUUGGCCGGUACUCCGCGAGCGCCAUGUGGAAGGAGGUGGGUACCUACCAGCUGAAGCUCAAAGAGCUCGAGGCCAACCAGGAGACGGUGGUGCGCGAGAACACGGACCUGAAGGAGAUCGUCCUCAUGCUGGAUGAGGAGCGGAACGGAGCCGGUUCCCGGAGCUCCAUAGACUCCCAGUCCAGCCUCACCAACCUGAACGGCGGGACAGGGAUAGUUCGCGACUUCGGGGAUGGGAGUAGUACCUCCAGCACCGGGAGCGCAGGUAGUCCCGACCACAGCCACAACCACAUACACAAGCUGCCCGCGGAGAGGGAGUGCAAGCUGGGUAGCACCUUCCAGAGGAGGUCCAUGGAUGACCUGUCACCGCCACACCAUCACAGGAGCAUCCCUAAUGGACUCAAUGGUAAGUUUAUACACCUGUAAUCCACCUGUAAUCCACACCUGGCCAUACACUUGUUAUGGCCUACAUCGGUCCACACACCUGUACACACCUGGCCACAGGCCAUCUCAUCUCAAUGGUCCAUACCAGCCGGGCUUGAGCUGGGAUGUUAAAUGCAUAGGAGAAGGUGGAAAUCAUUAUUAUUGAUAUUGAUAUUUGUACUGCAUUGUUGAGGGAGCUUGCAAGUAAGCAUUUCGCUGCACUGAAUACCUUCUGUAAACUGUGUACUUUGAUUUGAUUUGAAUUAGACGUUCCACCAACAGUAGGGACUAACAAAGCAGAGCCAUCCCUAUAUGGCUUUCAGACAGACCGACCGUUCAGACAGACCGACCGUUCAGACAGACCGACCGUUCAGACAGACCGACCGUUCAGACAGACCGACCGUUCAGACAGACCGACCGUUCAGACAGACCGUUCAGACAGACCGUUCAGAAAGACCGACCAUUCAGACAGACUGACCGUUCAGACAGACCGACCGUUCAGACAGACUGACCGUUCAGACAGACCGACCGUUCAGACAGACCGUUCAGACAGACCGUUCAGACAGACAGACAGACCGUUCAGACAUACAGACCGUUCAGACAGACAGACCGUUCAGACAUACAGACCGGUCAGAUAGACAGACCGUUCAGACAGACAGACAGACCGUUCAGACAGACAGACAGACCGUUCAGACAGACAUACCGACCGUUCAGACAGACAGACCGUUCAGACAGACAUACCGUUCAGACAAGACAGACAGACAGACCGUUCAGACAGACAGACCGUUCAGACAGACAGACCGUUCAGACAGACCGUUCAGACAGACAGACCGUUCAGACAGACAGACAGACAGACCGUUCAGACAUACAGACCGUUCAGACAGACAGACCGUUCAGACAUACAGACCGGUCAGACAGACAGACCGUUCAGACAGACCGUUCAGACAGACCGUUCAGACAGACCGUUCAGACAGACAUACCGACCGUUCAGACAGACAGACCGUUCAGACAGACAGACCGUUCAGACAAGACAGACAGACAGACCGUUCAGACAGACAGACCGUUCAGACAUACAGACCGUUCAGACAGACAGACCGUUCAGACAGACAGACCGACCGUUCAGACAGACAGACCGUUCAGACAGACAGACCGUUCAGACAGACAUACCGUUCAGACAGACAGACCGUUCAUUCAGACAGACAGACCGUUCAGACAAGACAGACAGACAGACCAUUCAGACAUACAGACCGUUCAGACAUACAGACCGUUCAGACAGACAGACCGUUCAGACAGACAGACCGUUCAAACAGACAGACAGACCGUUCAGACAGACAGACCGUUCAGACAGACAGACCGUUCAGACAGACAGACCUCCAUCAUAACACAGAGACAUUGGACAGUGAUGCUGCCAAGGCCUGAGUGCCCCUCCCUCCUUCAGACGGAUUCAGUCAAGGCCCGCACAGCAGUGGAUUAACCUGCCAUGUGACAGUCUGGCUGAGUGGCCUUUUCUCCGGGAGACAGCCAGAACCAUAUGUCGGGAGACAGCCAGAACCAUAUGUCGGGAGACAGCCAGAACCAUAUGUCGGGCUAAGCUAUUAUCAUUGUUGUGAUUACCUCACUGUUGCUGUGUUUAAAUCCUCUUCUCAUUCUGAGAUGAAGUCAUGAUUGGGAUGCUUACUGUAACAGAUGUAACACACACACACACACACACACACACACACACACACACACACACACACACGGUGGAUGCCUCUUCAGUGUCCCACCAUCAGAUUGAUGGGAAUUAUGUCACUGAGUAUCACGGCCCUGAAGGAAGAAGAGAAGACUAUCUUAAUUGCUUUUAGAAGGACUCAGGCAAAUUGAUUGUGGAUGAGUUCACUGAUUAUUAUGGUUGUCUUUGGGUCUCGAGGAGCUGUCUUUCUCUCUCUCUCUCUCUCUCUCUCUCUCUCUCUCUCUCUCUCUCUCUCUCUCUCUCUCUCUUUCACUCUGUCUCUGGCCUGCUUAGGGUCUCUCUCUCUCUCUGGCCCUCUCUGUCUCUGGCCUGCUUAGGGUCUCUCUCUCUCUCUCUCUCUCUCUCUCUCUCUCUCUCUCUCUCUCUCUCUCUCUCUCUCAGUUUCAAUUAAAUUCAGUAGACUCUAUUGACAUGGCAAGUUAAAUUACUUACAUUGUCAAGGUAUACAUAUAACAAAAAAUGGUGGGACCAACAGCAAUAAUAAUAGUAGUAGUGGAAAUGGUAUUACCAUUAACAGGAACUACUAACAACAAUAUUAAUGAGAAUAAUAAUCCAUUAAAUCAAUAGUAGUCGACCAGUCUCAACAUGACUGAGAAGACACAUGACAUGGUAUGAAAUCCAAAACAAAAUGGGAAAUAUUAUUGACAUUACAUUGCACUUUUCACUGGCUGUCCCUCAGGUUGUAGCAGGAGGACAAAUAUUUGGCUGCAAAAACAUUUAGGCUUUUCACCCAAUAAAUAUUAGAUUUUUUCUUAAACUUUUAUAGUUUCAAUUUUUUUUGUAAUGAAUGAUAAUUUGGGGAAAUAAAUAUUCUCUUUGGUCUGAGUAUUUGUCACAGUGUAAUAGGAAAUGCAGCUCUGUCUCUACCUCUCCCCGGGGGCAGAGUGAGCCCAGCCUGUCCUCUCUGGGCAGCCAGGUUUGCCUGUGACGACCGGUCUCUAUAGCCAGACUGUGCUCACUGAGUCUGUAUCUAGUCAGUGUUUUCCUCAGUUUUCUAUCAGUCACGGUGGUCAGAUAGUCUGCCACAAUGUACUGUCUGUUCAGAGCCAAAUAGCAUUGAAGUUUACUUAGAUUUUUUGUGUUGUCUUUCCAAUAGGUGAUAUCUUUUUCUUUUUGCUUUGUGAUUUUGUGAGUGCUGUCCUGAGGCUCUAUGGGGUUGGUUUGGGUUAGUAAACUGAGCUUCAGAACUAGCUGGCUGAGGGGACUGUUCUCUUGUUUAAUCUCUUGACAUUGUAGGGCUGUGUGAUUAAAUGUUUUGGGGUCGCUUGUUUUUAGAUGUUGUAGCAUUACAUUUUUAUUUUUACUUGGGCCCGUCCCUCAGGGUUGGGGGCCGGGGGAGCGGGGGGGGACAAAUUUUUUUUUUGGCUUCCCGCAAAAAAAAAAUUUGGCUUUUCACCCAAAAAUAUUUUAGUUUUUCCUUUUAAAAUUUUUAAAUUUUUUUUUUUUUUUUGUAAAAGAAUGAUUUUUAA